AUGGUCGACUCCCGUCUUUGCGGCUUUAUUGCCGCUUUGGGCAUUAUCUUAGGACAAUGUGUAUCAGGCGUGCCUAUUGGAAGUGCUAUUAACAGUGUCUUUUUGCACAUCAACAAUGUCUCCGUAGACUGUUCUGAGGAUCUGGGUCGUAUGAUGCCGUAUAACGACGCGUUACUUGAAUGCGCACACGACAUCAAUUGCUGCGUUGUCGUUGUUGAAGAGGUUGACGCACACUCGGAGGCUCCAGGCAUGUCCCGUCUCUGCGCUUCGUGCAAUCUUCUGAACGCUCGAUCUGUGAAGAAUGCUAGGGUCUCGAUAAAGGGUCACCAAAGUUUUAUCGCCAAGGACUUCGACGUGAUGCUCAACCAACAGGGCGUGUGCGAACGAGACCAACUUUUGGGAGAACUAGUACCGGUGCUCUCUUCCACCACCGCCGCUCGCGAGUGUGGACGCACAGACUGCGACUACUUUACGAUGGCUACAUUAGAAGGCAUCGAAAAUCUCCCCGGCACGGUAAACAAAGCCUGGUUCUGCUCGGGUGACGCAAAAACCGUGCCAGCAGAGGGCUUCAUUACGGCUGUUCGGAAACGUCGCAACUACGAGCUUUGA